AUGCUCUCCCAGUUUCAAGCGAGCUAUCAGCGCGUCGAAGCGAGUCUGCAGAAGCUUACGGAUUCGAUCGCAGCAUACAAUCCAUCUGUCGCGGCCACGGACGAGCUCGUCACUGCGGAUGAAGCUGUGCACAUCAAUGUCAAGCAGCUUACCCAGCACCAGAAGAACUAUACCCGCAUACAGGAACUUCGCCAGACUUCAGAGUCACACGAUGAGACGAUCAAAAACACUCUCCGAUUGCUCGCUGAAACUCGCAAAGAAAUACAAGCCAUUCCUUCCACUGAUACCACCGAGCCGCGCCGCGAAGUGAAGGUCGAUGAACUGCUAGCUUACGCAAAGUUCAUCGCAAGGACUACUGUUCCACCUACUUUCCGAAAACCACUACCCGAAGACCUCCGUCCCAAACAGGCCAAUGGCCAUGCUGCUCAACUGGCGAACGGCAUGGCUACGCCUCCACAAGGCGAUUCUCAAGAGGGCACGUCCGAUAACCCGGCCUACGUGAAGAGUGGGAAUGUUGGGAUCAAAGCAAUGGGGGAGACAGACAAGGCGUGGCUGGUUCCUGCAGAUCUUCCAUUCGAGCCCUGGCCAAACCACGAUGUUAUCAUGCGCGGCGCAUUGGCAGGGAUUCAGAAGAUGAUUGAGAGCGGAGUCGAUCCCGCGAGCGUUCUAAGUCCCGAGCAGCAGGCCGAGGCCGAGCGGUUGAAGGGCGAGGAGGAAGAGCGAGAGCGGAAGACUGAAGAAGACAGGGCGAAGCGGAGAAGAGAGGCAUUUGAGGGAUACGGGCGGAGACAGACUGUCCAGGAAGAUGCUCCGUUCAACCCUGAUGACCUUUGA